AUCCAUAUGUCAAACGAAACCCCGAAUCUAACAGAAACGUUUUUUGCGCAGCGUAAACCAAAACAAAUCAAAUUGAAAUACACGUUAAAUUAAACAUAACAGUUAAACGACACACUCUAAACUUCAAAAAUGAGCACACAGCGCGGCAAUGCGAGCCGCACACGUGCACAGAAACACAAAAAUCGUCAUGUAUUCAAAAACGAUUUGCACGACAAGACGCCACAGCAAAUACGACUGAACAAUAUGCAUGUGUCCACUGUCUGCCAGCGCUGCAAGGAGGUCAUCGAGUGGAAAAUCAAAUAUAAAAAGUACAAGCCACUGACGCAGGCGAAGACUUGUACGCGCUGUCAGCAGCGCACCGUUCGCAAGGCGUACCAUGUCAUAUGCCGAGAGUGUGCGAUCAAGGAGCACGCAUGCGCCAAGUGCCUGAAGAGCGCCGAUGAGGUGACGAUAGAAGCACCAGAGCCCACGCCACAGGAGGAACAACAGUUGCAGGUGGAAAUGGAUCGUUUGAUCAAGUCAUUCUCGGAGCGCAAGCGACGCGCCUUUCUGCGCUUUAUGGCCAAGGGCCGCAAGAAGCAGUCGGAGGAGGAGCCGCAGAAUGAGCAAGAGCGUGAGGCACAGGAAGCAGAGAAGCGUGUAAGACAUACACGCGAAGAGCUGCUGGAAAAGAUCAAGCAGCUGGAUCUGGCAGGCGAUGAAGAUUAUGAUGAUGAUGAUGAGGAGGACGGCGACUAUAGCGAUGAUGACGAUGAUGUAGAAUAUGAUUCAGAUGCUGAUUCAAAUGCAAGCGGCAGUGAAGAUGAAAAAUUAGUUAAAAAAUAAA